UGAUGCAUUUGCAGGAAAGUAUUCGUCUCCUGAUAUCGCAGCACUUCGCAUCAGCACUUUGUGCGGUGUGGGGCUAAAUCCCCCUGACGAUCUGCCAUCCAAACCCUGCCUGAGUAUUGCACACCCUGGGAUGUAGUGGGGAGCCACAGGUCAGUGGGAUACUGGGAUUUCUAAACUCUGUUUUCCAUUAAUCUGAAGCUGCCGCUCUCCUGGUGUUUUUUUUUUUACUUCACCAACAAGGACACAGAAAUCUAGCCUGCCACCAUGCCUCUGUCAGGGACGCCCGCACCCAACAAAAGGAAAAAGCCAUCCAGGAUCAUCACCGACCUGUCCCACAUCAAGCAGGAUGAGUAUGAGUCUGAGCCCGAGGCGUCUGAGUUUGACCUGGGGACGAAGAUCAGGGCCCCCAAGGACAUCAUGCUGGAGGAGCUGUCUCUGCUCAAGAACAGGGGAUCCAAGAUGUUCAAGAUGAGGCAGCAACGAGUGGAAAGGUUUAUUUAUGAAAAUAACCCAGAUGUCUUCAAUCAGGAGUCCAUGGAGAACUUCCAGAACCUGGUGCCCAGCUUAGGGGGCAAGAUGAUGGAUGUGGGAGGCCACUUGGUCAGCGGGCAGAUGGUGGGCCGCUCCGGCAGCGGGGGUCACGCACCCAUCCCCCCUCCCAAACCCGGAAGCUUUGUGAAGGUGGUCGGAGUAGGCGGCGCAGGUGGACAGGCUGGAGUUGCCGGGGGGCUUGCUGGAGGUGCAGGGGGGCAAGGGCAGGGCGGAUCUGGUCAUGUCCAGGUCGGAGUUGGCAUACAUAUUCACGGUGAGGCUGGUGCCGGUGCUGGUCAAGACAAAGGCAAGAAGAAGCACGAAUUCGUGAAGACAUAUAUAUCACCCUGGGAACGGGCCAUGAAGGGCAACGAGGAGCUGAUGGCCACCAUGAAGUCUCAAAUGCCGGGGCCAAUAAUUCACAAGGAUCUGCCAAAGUAUAAGUGCUUCAACAGGACUGCUAUGCCCUAUGGAGGCUUCGAGAAGGCUUCUCAGCUCUUGACAUUUCAGUUGCCGGAGAUUGAGGCGGCCCCAGAGGAGGCGGAGCCAGCCAUCGUGUACCAGCACGACAUUGGCUCGCGGCCCUCUUUCAACCGCACCCCCAUCGGCUGGGUGGGCAGCGGCGACACCGGCCACAUCCACAUAGAGCUGGAGACCAUGCCCUUCGACGGAGAGACCGACGACCUGUGAGGGGGGCCCCUCCCUCUCUCACAGACACACACACACACUCACACAGACUGAAACACCCACACACACACAGACUGACAGAUACACACUUUACAGUCACACAUGCUCGCCCACACUCUCACACCCAAAGCCUUGCACUCUUUCACCCAAACACGCUCACAUGUCAUACAUGCACGAAAUGGUGGUAACUGUUGCUACAAUCAACCUGCUCCCAGAUCAGCCUCAAAUGAAAAAAUUGUACAGCCUGUGUAGGGAUGGGAAAGAUCCAUAGUCAGUACCUCCCCACAGAUCAUCUCAGAAUUCUUUAUACUCUUGUCAAGGUGGCCCUAGAGCAGGGAUUGUGAGGGAAAAUAAACACAAACUGGAAGUAGUACAAAUAUUCACACACAUUUUUUAUUGAGAUCUC